GGAGCACCGGGAGCGCCGCACCAGGACAUUGACAGGCAGCCAGGAGCACCGGAAGCGCCGCCCCCCAGCUUCGGGGCAGCCUCGGGGCAGCCUCAAGCCUCGGGGACACCAGCUCCCAGAGAGCACUCAAGCCUCAGCCCUGAGCAGGGACACCAGCUCCCAGAGCAUCGGCAGCCUCAGCAAAAACAUGGAGGAGCUGCCGCCGCUGGUUCCGGACCUGACCGCGUGGUUCGAGGCCCUCUUGGCCAGAGUGUCUGCUUUAGAAUCGCGGUCCGAGCAGGGCGGCGCCGCCGCCACCGCCAAAGCCGAGGCGCAAGACAAAGCACUGCAGGAUCUCCAAAAACAAAAGGAAGCGGACGCGGUAGCCAUGACUUCCAUGCGCGAGGCGCUGGCCGAGAGAGAAGCCGAGCUCGCGGCGAUGAGACAAGAGAUGGAUUCGAUACGAGCCGACCUCGCGGCUCGUGGCGCCGUCUUCGGCGGCUUCCAGGCCGACGUCAAAGAAGUACGGGGCAUGCUCGUGGCCGCGCGGCUCCUCAAGACGGCGCGGGACGGCACGGCGGCGUCUGCAUCGGUCGCGGGGCUCGAGGACGAGCGCGCGGCGAACGAACAAAAAUUCGCUUCGAGGGAGGACGUGCGUAUUUUGAGCGAGACCGUCCGGGAGCUCGAGGCCAUGAUUACGGGCGUCGAACGGCUCUCGGGCGAGGCCCAGGCGCAGCUCGAGAGCAUGCGAGAUGAAAUUGCGGAGCAGCUGCGCGCCGAGGCCGAGGCGGACCGGGAGCGGGUUGAGCGGGAACGGGCGGAACGCGAGGCCGAGGCCGCGCGCCUCGAGGCCGAGAUACGGGCCGAACGGGAGGCGCGCGAGGCGGCGGAACGGGAGCGGGCGGAGCAAGAGGCUGCAGCAAGGGAUGCUGCGGAGCAGGAGCGAGCUGACAAAGAGGCCGCGGACCAAGAGGCGGCGGAGCAGGAGCGAGCCGAGAAGGAGGCGGCGGACCAAGCGGACCGCGAGCUGGCGGAGCAAGAGGCCGCGGACGAAGAUGCGGCGGCGCGUGCGCGGGCGGAGCAAGAAGCAGCGGAUCAAGCGGCACGCGCGCGGGCAGAGAAGGAGGCCGCGGCGCGCGAGCGGGCGGAACGCGAGGCCGCCGAAGCCCAAGAAGCCGCUGGCCGCGCCCAGCGCGCUGGCGCGCGCGCCAAGUACGCCCGGACGCAAGCCAAGAUGUUCUGCACGAUUCGAGCCAUGAAGCCGCCGGACCGCCCCAUCCCCCUGCACGACAAGGCCGUCUAUCAUAGAUUGAGGGACGGUGUCAUCGAACAGGACGCGCUGGCGAAGCGCCUCGCGGCGCUCGAGAAUGUCGUGAAGGACGACGCGAAGUUAAGUGCUGAUAUACUACGGAAAGGCGUCGUCGGCUUGGGCGGUACUGGACCAAGUGACGAAGACGACGCCCUCGUGGAGCGUAGAGCGGCCCAGAGCGCGCUCAUGGCCGCACUGGUCGACGGCAAGCCCACCACGAAGACAGAGACGGUGGAGGUCGCGGCCCCGCCCGCGGCCCUGGCCUACGGCAACGGGCGCGGGGCGCUCGCGGAGUUUGACAAAGAUAUUGACCGGCGCUUCGCGGAGUUCGCCUGCCGCCAGCAGAAGCUGUUAGAUGACUUUCAUGUGGAGGUCGAGGUCUUCACGCGGGCGCAAGAGAAAUUAGAGAACGGUUUAGUGAAGGUGAACGAAGACUUGAAUCGUAUGACCUCAAUCAACGACAAGCGCUACGCCCAGCGCAGCGCCGCGGAUCAAGAGCGCGAUUCUAAAUUAGAGGCAGCGGCGGCUUCUGCUAGAAGAGCAGCCGAGGCCGUCGCUCGACUGGCCAACGUUCCUCCUACAACAAGUGAUACGACUCUGAAGUUCGCCGAGGCGCCGGCGGCCGCGCCCACGGACUUAGGUGAUGUCUGGGACCGCAUCCACACGAAGGCCGACGGGACGGCCGUUCUGAAAUUAAGGGAGGAGUUGAGGGAAAUCGCCGCUGCGCUCGCGGGCGACCCGGCGCUGACGCGACGACGGAAGGCCAUCUGUUCCGGCGCGCUGGGCGUGCGCAAGAGCGCCUACGUGCUAAAAGACGGCGUCGAGGUCUGUAUUUCUUGUCAAAGACCGGGCUCUCCGACAAAAAGAGAAUCGGUGCAGUUUGAAGAGCGUCCGAAAACAUAUAAAAGCAGGCCACCCAUGGGCGCGCGCGCGAAGCCUUCCGUAGGACGCGUCCGGCCGGCGUCGGCGGGCCCGCUGCGCAAUUCGAAGAGACGGGGCGAGGGCGCCUUUUCGGGGCGGAUGACGGGCCGGCCGGCGUCGGCGACGGCGCGCUUGCUAGCUGAGGGCGACGCGACGGCCGAGGUCAUCGACUUGCGGUACCCCGUGCGGCGGCGCGACGAGCGCUCCGAGGCGGACCGGAGGAGGGCAGGGUUUCCUUCCUAUUAAACCUAAG